AAGGCUGCAGGGAUGUGGCUCUACCUCCUGCUCCUCGCUGGAUGUUUCUCCUGCAGCUCUACCGACAUACCUACAGUUAAAGUGCAGCAGAACACAGUGGCUACUCUCCCCUGUCCUCAUAAGAAGGGGGAUGUAACAUGGAGCCGCUUCAGACAUGGCAACCCCGUGAUUCUGGUUACUAUCAAAAAUGGCGAGGAGACAAUAUCUGACAAACGCUACGGUUCUCUGGCAGACAACUCCCUGGUGAUAACCAAUGUUAGAUCAUCGGAUACGGCAACGUAUUUUUGUAAUAAAACUCGAGUAUAUCUGGAUGUGGUGACUUCUCCCAACGGGGGGACCCCAAGCGCUGGAAAUGUACCAGUCACACAGAGAAACAGUGGACCGGGUUCCACAGAGAACCAACAACCCUCAGGCGUUUGGAAAAUGGCUGUCGGUGUAGUUGUCGGUGCCGUGUCGGUGCUUUUGGCGAUCUUUACUCUGAGAUUCUUCUUAAAAAAGAGAUCGGAGAGAAGCACUCGCAACGACAACUCGGACAAAACUGGAACCAACGAGCCGAUUUAUGAGGAGAUUGAAGCCAACGAGGGGGAGGACUCUUAUUUUGAAAGUCCAUACUACCGGACGAGCAUCAGUGAACCGCCGAGCGCCUCCACGAUCCCCAGUAAUAAUCUGUACAGCGCUGUUACCAAGCCAACCGCUAAAGGAUGCAGCGGUGAGACGGGGGUUUAUUCCCUCGCCCAACACCCACUACAGACAGGAAGUGGCGGUGAAUAAUCGGCUCGCAGGAUUCAGUUAUCUUCCACACUUGGUAGAUUUUAACCCCCGUGUUGUCCUCGAGUCAAAUUGACCCGUUUCAAAGUGUUUUAUAUCAGAAAUAUGGAUUUCUUUCAA